AAUCAAAACCCAGUAUGCUCAGAUAAAAGAAGUUGCAGGACUUAGUAUGUCAAUUCCUGUUUGAGACUAGAAGAGUGAACAAGAGUGUGCUUUUGUAGCCAAAAGACCAAAAAGGGCAGGAUUCACUUGGGAGCUGAAACAAAGAGCUGCAUUUAAAGAGUCCAGAAUCAUCUGAAGACCCUAAAGGCAAAGAGACUGUUUUGUUUGCUGGAUUCUUUGAUGCCCUGGAAGCAGUUCAUUUGGAUUUUGUGACUUAGUUGAAGAGGCAAGCUAUUGAAGACCCCCUCCCAAGGCAUGCAGCAGCGUUAAGCGUGAAAUGACCUUCACUACAUUUCAACAGGAUGACCUAAAAAGUGACAUCAGUCAAAAAUUACCAGACCAACAGUUUCUCCUGUUGACCAUGAGGGAGGAAGAUUUAAAAACUGCAGACACCAAAAAACCAAACAGAAUUUAUGAGCAUGAAAAAGAAAACACUCGUUCUGUCUGUCUUCUUGAACAGAAACGCAAGGUUGUUUCUUCAAAUAUUGAUGUGCCUCCGGCAAGAAAAUCUUCAGAAGAACUGGACAUGGAUAAAGUGACAGCAGCUAUGGUACUAACCAGUUUAUCUACCAGCCCUUUGGUUCGCAGCCCUCCUAUACGACCCAAUGAAUCCCUGAAUGGAUCUUGGAAAGAAGGAGGAUUUGUGCCUUCUAGUACCAGCAGUAGUGGAUACUGGAGCUGGAGUGCCCCCAGUGACCAGUCUAAUCCAUCCACCCCAUCUCCGCCUCUGUCUGCUGAUAGCUUCAAACCCUUUCGAAUGUCCUCUCAGCCAGAUGAUAGUAUUGAUGAAGUUGAAACCAGCAGUCUCCUUUUUGAUGAGCCCAUUCCUAGAAAGAGAAAGAACUCCAUGAAGGUAAUGUUCAAAUGCCUAUGGAAAAACUGUGGAAAGGUACUGAGCACAGCCGCUGGGAUUCAGAAACACAUCCGAACCAUUCAUCUUGGACGGGUAGGAGAGUCUGACUACAGUGAUGGAGAGGAAGAUUUUUACUACACAGAGAUCAGACUGAACACAGACUCGGCGGUGGAUGGCUUAAGCAGCAUUUCUCCAGUGUCUUCAUCUCUAGGCUCUCCUCCUCCUUUUCCCACCCAAGAUGCAAAUCGUCCUGAAACGUCAUGUGCCAAAACUGAGCCUAAAUUGAUGACGCCUCUGAGUCGCUCAGCUCCUACCAAUCUCUACCUCGUCCACACAGAUCAUGCUUACCAGGCUACUCCUCCAGUGAACAUUCCAGGGUCAACAAAGUUCACUCCCAACGGCCGUAGCUUUAGCAUCUCUUGGCAGUCACCUUCAGUUACCUUUACAGGCACUCCGGUCUCACCAACCCAUAAUCGUCCUGCAGGGACAGGAGAGCCGAAACAACAGACCCACACAGUUCUCUCAUCACCACCCAGAGCAUCAUUUGGCUUAAGGAAAUCUAGAGGGGAGGGGAAAAAAUGUCGGAAAGUGUAUGGGAUGGAGAACCGAGAUAUGUGGUGUACUGCCUGUCGUUGGAAGAAAGCCUGCCAAAGGUUCAUUGACUGAAGACUAGAAGCACAGAGGAUCCAGGAAUGGGAGUACAAUAGUAGGAUCCUGUCGCUUCAGCUGCUCCUGCCUACCCUCCACUGCUGCCUUUUAAACAGACUUGUAUUCAAAACAACGCACUUGUCGCCAAGGAGAAGCACUUAGCAAAACCUAUGUGGAGCAAUGGAGCCAAAAAAAAAAAAAGUCAUGUCAAGUAUUGAACCAAGAGCAGCUAUUAAUGUUUUUCUAAAAACAAAUAAUUUGUUGCUAACUGAACUAUUUGCUCCCCCCCAACUAUUCUUUAACCAUGUCAAUGUCUAUGCUGUGAACCUUUGUCAGUUGAACCAAGUACUGUGUGUUGCCCUGAAAUGAAGAUUUCUUUUUUAAAACUUUAAACAUUUAAUUAACACUUUAGAAUAUAAACUACGGUUCACUCAACAGCAGCCAUACCACAAGUGGAGUCUUCUAAAUAAUUCUGCUUAUGUGAAUGAUCAUGGUUAGGUUUCUCAUUUGGGGUGUUUAAGAAAUUAAAAUCUAGCACUCCUGGAUUUUUUUUUAAAGUGGUCACAAACCAGAAAGAAGAGUGGAGCUAAGAUUUAGAUUGUAAUACUCCAGAGAAGGAAAAAUGAUGGGAAAACACCAGCAAAUCUCAGCCACAAGUAAGUCCAAGAUUUCAGGGAUAGAGCUUCAAC